GUGGUUGGGGCUUAACGUGUCAAGUUGUCAAAUUUAAUCCUGGAUUUUAGGUUAGAAUUAGAACAGUUUCGUCAUAUUUAUAAUAGCAGAGGAAUUUCGAAUUACUCUGAAAGUCAUGGCUGAAACUGCUAGUGAAAAGUUGUCUAAAAAUGAAUUGAAAAGGCGGUUGAAAGCUGAACAGAAGUUAAAGGAAAAGGCAGAGAAGGUCGCUCAACUUCCAGCUGCUUCUGCAGAGAAGAAAGCUGCUAAAGUGUCUGAAGAAGAGAUCAGUCCCAAUGAGUAUUACAAGUUGCGAACAGGAGCCGUGGCGGCACUCAAGGAAGGUGCCAAGGACGACCACCCAUACCCACACAAGUUUAAUGUCACGAUCUCACUGGAGGAAUUCAUUGAAAAGUACAAUCAUGUAAAUAGUGGUGAAGUACUGGAGGAUGUGACUCUAUCAGUAGCUGGUAGGGUACACUCUAUCAGAGAGUCUGGUGCUAAACUCAUUUUCUAUGAUUUAAGAGGUGAAGGUGUUAAAAUACAGGUGAUGGCAAAUGCAAAGAUGUAUGAGUCUGAAGAAAAGUUUGCCUCAGAUACAGACAAGCUUAGGAGGGGAGACAUUAUUGGCUGUGUUGGUCACCCAGGAAAGACAAAGAAAGGAGAAUUGUCUAUUGUACCAAAAAGUAUUAAGCUGUUAUCUCCUUGCCUGCAUAUGCUGCCUCAUUUGCACUUUGGCCUAAAGGACAAAGAGACCAGAUUUAGAAAGAGAUACUUAGAUCUUAUAUUGAAUGAUAAGGUAAGGCAAAUAUUCUAUACUAGAGCAAGAAUAAUCUCAUAUGUAAGGAAAUUUUUGGACAACAUGGGUUUCCUUGAAAUUGAAACUCCUAUGAUGAACAUGAUCCCUGGUGGAGCCACAGCCAAGCCUUUCAUCACCCAUCACAAUGACCUGAACAUGGAUUUGUACAUGAGGAUAGCACCAGAACUGUACCACAAAAUGUUGGUUGUUGGAGGACUGGACCGUGUCUAUGAAAUUGGUCGCCAGUUCAGGAACGAAGGCAUUGACAUGACCCACAACCCAGAAUUUACAACUUGUGAAUUUUAUAUGGCUUACGCUGAUUACAAUGACCUCAUCACAAUUACUGAAACAAUGCUGUCAGGCAUGGUGAAAAGUAUUCAUGGAUCUUAUAAGGUUAAAUAUCGUCCUGAUGGUCCAGAUGGUGAGGAGGUGGAAAUUGACUUCACUCCUCCUUUUGCCAGAGUGCCCAUGAUUGCAACCUUAGAAAAGGCUCUGAACACCAAACUGCCUCCUGCUGAUAAACUAGAUACUGCAGAAGCUAACCAGUUGCUGAGUCAGUUAUGUGAAAAACAUGAAGUGGAGUGCCCUGCACCAAGGACCACAGCAAGGCUUCUGGACAAAUUGGUGGGAGAGUUCCUUGAAGAGAAAUGUAUUAAUCCCACAUUUAUCCUGGAUCACCCUCAGAUUAUGAGCCCAUUGUCCAAAUAUCACAGGGACAUACCUGGUCUGACAGAAAGGUUUGAACUCUUUGUGAUGAAGAAAGAAAUAUGCAAUGCAUACACUGAGUUGAAUGACCCAGCUACUCAGAGGGAGAGGUUUGAGCAGCAAGCCAAGGACCGUGCAGCUGGUGAUGAUGAGACUCCACCUACAGAUGAAGCAUUCUGUACAGCACUUGAAUAUGGUUUGCCACCGACUGCUGGAUGGGGAUUAGGUGUUGACCGACUUACAAUGUUCCUCACUGAUUCUAACAACAUCAAGGAGGUUCUAUUGUUCCCUCAUAUGAAACCUGAUGAUCCCAACAAGCAUAAUGCUGAAGGUGAAAAUGCAGCCACUGAAACCCCAGUUCAAAAUGGAGCAUAAUAAUCUGCGUUUUAUUACUACUUACAAAUUGUGUGAAAUAUAACAUUUAUAUGUGUCUUGUUUUCACAAAUAAAUUAUUAUAAUGAA